GGCCUUUGCCUGUUCAGCACACCUAGCACUAAAAACCAAAACCUUGAAAAAUGCGUUUCCUCAUCGCCUUCUGCCUGAUCGGUGCCGCCUGUGCCCAGUACAACUACGGAGCAGGAUUCUCGGGAGCGGCCUCCGAUCCGAUUCCCAGCUACUCCGGAAGCUCCGGAGUGGGCGACUACGACGGAUCCGCCAGCAGCCCGGUCUCGGACUACUCGGCCUCCAGCGAGCUGAACAAGGAGUACUACACCUUCGAGGCCGACGAGAGCCAGUUCGACGAUCCCCUGGCCUCCCAAAAGAUCGCCGGCUCCGUGAACAAGGGACUGCGCGUGGUGUUCAUCAAGGGACCCGAGAACCGUGGCCUGGAGAACGCCGCCCUGGCCCUGGCCAAGCAGGCUGCUGAGCAGCAGACCGCCAUCUACGUCCUGAACAAGCAGACCGACAUCGGUGACCUGGCCCAGAAGUUCAACGCCGCCCGCCAGAACGCCAACCAGCGUCCCGAGGUGCACUUCGUCAAGUACAGGACUCCCGAGGAUGCGGCCAACGCCCAGCGCGCCAUCCAGUCGCAGUACGACAACCUGGGAGGCUCCAGCCAGUCCAUCAACGGAGGAGUGGCCAACGCCAUCAACUUCGCCUCCGCCGCCCCCCACGUCCCCGCUCGCCGUGGCCCCAACUACUCCCCGCCCGCCGCCGCCACGAGCAACUCCUACCUGCCCGCCAACAUCCUGCGUCGCCUGCGCAUCCGUUAAGGAGCAGAGGAGCCG